AUGGGCCUUAGCAAGUCUGCAAGUCUCCCGGACUGGAGGCUCUUUUUGGCAGGGUCAUGUCUCUUCGCCGCGGGCGCUCUGACGGCAGGGCUAUUCGGCCCCUCGAACAAAAGCGACAUAUACCGCUCACCGCGCGCGACACUGCUUCCCCGGUUGUCCGACGCUGAGAAAGGACAACUGCCCUACCCUCCCGAUGCCUUGCCAGGAGCCAGAGAUGUCGACACUCCGUACGGCUCGAUCCGAGUCUACGAGUUUGGCCCCGAAGACGGACGCAAGGUACUUCUCGUGCACGGCAUUAGCACGCCGGCGCUGGCCCUGGGGGCGGUGGCCAACGCACUCGUGGACAAUGGGUGUCGGGUCAUGCUGUUUGAUCUUUUUGGGAGAGGCUAUUCCGACACUGCGAACGACGUCCGGCACGACAUCAGACUGUUUACGACACAGAUCCUGCUGGUCCUGGCGUCUUCGCCGCUCUCCUGGACCGGCAAGGCGUCUGGCAAAUUUUGCCUCGUCGGAUACUCCCUCGGUGGCGGCAUAGCUACGACGUUCACUUCGUACUUUGCAGAUCUCGUCGACAGUCUCGUCCUGUUUGCUCCCGCCGGACUGCUGCGACCGUACCACAUUAGCCGCCAGAGCCGCAUCAUAUACUCGGAGGGCAUCAUCCCCGAGCCCAUACUGCGGCGGAUCGUGAAGGCACGACUGCGCACGCCUCUGGCCGCCCCUCCUCCUCCACCAAAGGGCGGCGUAGAGGAAACCCGAAAGGUCGACGCGACUCAAGCCGUCCAGGCCGAGGUCCCCAUUGAGUCCAACUCUCGGGCAAUCUUAUCCCAGACCCGGCCGCAUGUGACUGUGGAGAAAGCGGUCAUCCACCAGCUCGACAACCACCCCGGCUUCGUCCCUGCUUUCAUCUCGAGCAUUCGCUAUGGGCCCGUAAGGACCGAGCACGACCGCUGGCGUAUCGUCGGCGAGCGGCUGCGGCAGCAGAACGCGGCAGAGGGCACCCGGAAAAAAGUUCUCAUUGUCCUUGGAGCGAAAGACCCCAUCAUCGUCAGGCAAGAGAUCGAGGAAGACGCCACCGCCCUGCUAGGUGGUGAGAAUGUCGAGUUCGCCGUAUUUGACGCCGCGCAUGAUGUGCCGGUCGUCAUGGGGAGUCAGGUGGUGGAUUCCAUUCUUGACUUUUGGAAAAGAACCGAUUGA